GCCCUCCAUCAUAUAAAGAAACUUCCCGGGGCCGCCGGCCCAGUCGCGCUGCGCCCCGUCUUCGGCAGCCGCCGGCCCCAGCCCGCUCCCAGCGCCGCCACAGAGCCCCCCGAGAGCUGGUGCUUGGGUGCGCAGUGCGGUGGGCUCCGUGACGCACCCCAAAACCCCCCCACCCGACUGCCGACGCGAGUGGCAUGAACUUGGAGCCAGGCGAGUGCGGGAUGAACUCGGUGAGCUGCGGCAACGGGAAACUCCGCCAGUGGCUGAUCGACCAGAUAGAUAGCGGCAAGUACCCGGGGCUGGUGUGGGAGAACGACGAGAAGAGCAUCUUCCGCAUCCCCUGGAAGCACGCCGGCAAGCAGGACUACAACCGCGAGGAGGAUGCUGCUCUCUUCAAGGCUUGGGCUCUUUUUAAAGGAAAGUUCAGAGAGGGCAUUGAUAAACCAGAUCCCCCUACCUGGAAGACAAGAUUAAGGUGUGCUUUGAACAAGAGCAAUGACUUUGAAGAGCUGGUGGAGAGAAGCCAGCUGGACAUCUCAGAUCCCUAUAAAGUGUACAGAAUAGUGCCAGAAGGAGCUAAAAAAGGUGCAAAGCAGAUCAGCAUGGAGGAGCAACCAUUAAUGAUGAACCAUCCCUUCCCAAUAACGUCUCCUUACACUUCACUACCAUCCCAGGUACCGAACUACAUGGUGCCCCAUGAGCGCAACUGGAGAGAAUUCGCCCCGGAGCAGCCGCACCCCGAUAUUCCCUACCAGUGCGCCAGCGUCCCCUUCACAGCUCGCGGUCAUCACUGGCAGGCGCCCGGCUGUGAAAAUGGUUGCCAGGUGACAGGAACCUUUUAUGCUUGUGCCCCUCCCGAGUCCCAGACUCCUGGCAUCCCGAUUGAGCCAAGCAUAAGGUCUGGUGAAGCCCUCGCCCUGUCAGAUUGUCGACUCCACAUCUGCUUAUAUUACCGUGAAAUACUGGUAAAGGAGGUGACAACUUCUAGUCCUGAAGGCUGUAGGAUAUCCCAGGGCCAAAGUUACGAGGUCAGCAGCCUGGAGCAAGUUAUCUUCCCCUAUCCAGAGGAUAACGGCCAGAGGAAGAACAUAGAAAAGCUACUGAGCCACUUGGAGAGGGGAGUAAUACUGUGGAUGGCACCUGAUGGCCUCUACGCUAAGAGACUUUGCCAAAGCAGGAUCUACUGGGACGGGCCUCUGGCGCUCUGCAGUGACCGACCCAACAAGCUGGAGCGGGAUCAAACAUGCAAGCUCUUUGAUACUCAGCAGUUUUUAGCAGAGCUUCAAGCCUUUGCUCAUCAUGGACGUCCACUGCCCAGAUACCAGGUUGCUCUGUGCUUUGGGGAGGAAUUUCCAGAUCCACAGAGGCAGCGGAAACUAAUUACAGCCCAUGUUGAACCAAUGUUUGCCAGGCAGCUGUAUUACUUUGCUCAACAAAACAGUGGACAUCUUCUGAGAGGCUAUGAUUUGCCAGAACUUGUGACUAGUCCAGAGGAUUAUCACAGAUCUAUUCGCCAUUCCUCUAUUCAAGAAUAAGAUCCUCAGAAUGAGUGUUUUUAAAGGCACUGUAAAGAUUAUGCAGAGUGGAGGAGCAGAUCUGGAUAGCAAUUUGGAGAUCCAAAUCACAGCUGGAUGCGUUCAGGGGAAUCAAGGGUUCAAUGAUAGGAAAGUGAACUGGGACAACUAUAUUGUAUGAUACAAAUGACGGGUCUUCAACAUUUGGAUGCUACAUCUCACAUAGAUUCCACUGUUGCUGGGAAUAACUCAAAACUGACGAAAUGAUCGCUAUGUUUACGUUUGCUUAAUGUUCUCCUUGGGUUUUGAGGACUGAUGCUUACUGAAGACUUAAAUCCAGAGUUUACACUGUUACAUUUGCAGGGCUAUUUAUUUUGGAUUACUGAUCUCAGGGAAGGUACAUAAAUAUGCGGUGUUCCCAGUUUUAAACUGUAGCUACUAUAGGUGGGUAGCGAAGGUAGAUGGUUUAUCGAGAAUAGCUAUAAAUGUAAGUGGUUAUAAAUUUAGACUGGUAAGUGUGACGCCUAUAUUCCUGUGUAGAAUUUUUUAAAAACAAUGCAAAUCUUCAGAGACAUAUUUUUUUAAUGCCUGACUGACAUUUUUCCUUACGAUGAAUUUUAUUGCUGCCACUGUUGUUAUUGGAUUAGGGCCCAUAAUAGCAGUUCCUAAGGUGAUGGAUUGGUGGUACUGUGCUGGAAAAGCGACCACUUAACUCACAUUACCUGUGCAUUUAGUGAAUUAACCACUAAAAUUCUAGAGUCACGGAGAGCAGGUUUGAAAAGAAAUAACAUUUUUUUCUUAUAACUGUAAGCUACUAUGCAUUAUAUAUAUAUAUAUGCAUUAGAAUUAAGUUGGCAGACUUUGAGAAGAGCACAGAAGUGGUCCUACUAGCCUUUGUUAAUGUGACGUGCAGGAACCAAGCUGAAGUAGCCACCACUUCUGGCUUGUACCGAGCCAAACUCUGCUCUUCGUGUGCACUCACAGCUUCCUUCCAUUGGUACUGAAAUGAAUACGGAGGGAGAGUUCGAGCAGAGCAGAACUUAGCCUCUCAUAUUAAGGCAGUCAAGGAAAUACUUGUUCUAACUUUCGUUUUCAAAAACUUCACAGAAGUAUCAUUUCAUGCAAUUUGCAGCUUUUCAUGCUAGGGUGCCAUUAUAAAGAUGAAGAGAAGGGGUCUGUUGGGUCUGCAUGGCAGUGAAACUUCCUCGCUGUUACGCUGGAGAUCAGACUAUGUGAUCUCCCUGGUUUCAGCUCCAGAACAUGACCUCCCUGUGAUUAACAUACAUACUUCACUUGAAUUUCUAAAUGAGGAAGAAAAAAAAUGGUACUUGGUCUGGCAGCAGACUUGUUUUCUAGGGACUUCUAAUUUAUACAUCUUAGAGAUGCAUACUCUUUUGGGAUAUAUUAUCCCACUCCUGCUCCACAGUGCCAAGCAGAACCAAUCAAUCAUUUUUACUUUUGUGUUCUUUGUUACCUGAAGUGUUUUCCUCGCUGUGAGAGUUUUGUAGGGGAGACCUCUUUCAUAGACAUUAAAAGCACUGUUUUAGGUGACCUUCAGAGCUUCUGCAUACGCUUUUUGCCUGUGCAUACAUUUUACUGAAAGGGCCUUUUGUGUUCAAACUGAACUGGUACAAUACAAUAUUUGAUGUGUUUUUCACUUUUUUCUAGUGGUCGUUGCUUCAUAUGCUCAUUGCUUCAGCUCACAUCUUAGAAUAAAGUCCUUAUUCCCUACCAA